AUGUAUAAAUUAAAUACAAUAUAGGGUCAUUCCUUCUUUAAUUUUUAGACUCCAAUUAAUCAUCUUUCAAAAAAGAACUUAUUUUAAACAGCUACUGAAAUUAAACCAAAAAAAAUAGAUUCUAAUGGUAAACUAAUUUUAGCAUAAUCAUUACCUAAGGAAUAUUGGUUUAGAGAUUAUAAUAGAAAUAUAUUUAAUAAGAAAUAGAAAAAAGAAUGGCAUAAAUUAAAUAGACAUUAUAAUCCUAUAUAUUUUAUAAGAAUGGAAUAUUAUAGACAUUUAUAGACUUAUUAAAAUCGAUCAAAUACAUCAAGUCCAUCCAAAAAAUGGAAAUAAUAUAGAAAUAUCAGUUUAAAUAAGAAAUCUUAAUUAAUAAUGACUCCAAAUAUAAUCAAAUAGAAAUUUCAAGAGACUCUUCAUCUAUUAAUUCCAUAAAAAUCUUAAUCAUCUUUUAAAAGUGAUCGAUGUUCUCUUCCCUCUUCAAACAAUAAAAAUUAGAUUACAAAUAAAUAAUUAAAGAAACUUAAUAGAUUAGAAUCAAGUAAAACAGAAUACAUACCAAGUUUAUUAUCAAUUGAUAAAUAAAUUAAAGAUAGUAAUAUCAGUUAAAGCAAUCUCAAUAAUAAUUCGUUAACAUAAAAUAAAGAAAUAUUUCAAAAGUAAUUGACACCUAGAAAUAGAUUUCUUAAAGAUUGCUGUAAAUUAUAUGGUUUAGAUUGGCAUAUAAGAUCUUCAAUAAAAAAACUGGAAUUUUCGGAAUUAAUUCAAUUAACUGAAUCAAAUGAAACUAAAUGUGAUAAAAUAGAAAUAUCACAAAAAUCAAUAGAGAAAUCAAAUUAUUAAAAAAAUAAUUUGCUUAAAUUAAUAAAAAAAUAGAAAGAACUACAAUAAAAUCAAAAAGAAAGAUUAUAUUGUACAUCUCAAAAAAAGAAUAAAUUGAACUCUUCUAAUAAUAGGGUAAUGAAUGCCUAUUUUCCAUCUCUUAAGAAAAUUUAUAAGCGUAAUUUCUCAUGA